AAUCAUAAGCGCCAGCUCCAAAAACCCUAGCCAGGACCGUCAUCACUCUCAUACCAAAUUUCACUGCGAAAAGAGAGAUGGGAAGUGAUAGUGAAGCAGAACGAUCGCACAAGAAGGAGAAGAAGGAGAAAAAGAUUAUAGCUUUAUCACCUAUUGCAAAGCCCCUCGCCGGUAAAAAGCUCUGCAAGAAAACCCUCAAGCUUGUUCGCAAAGCUGCUGAACACAAAUGCUUAAAGAGAGGAGUGAAGGAGGUCGUCAAAAGUAUACGUCGUGGCCAUAAAGGAGGAUUAUGUGUCAUUGCUGGAAACAUAUCUCCAAUUGAUGUAAUUACUCAUGUCCCAAUUUUGUGCGAGGAGGCCGAAAUUCCAUAUAUAUACGUUUCCUCAAAAGAAGAUCUUGCAAAUGCUGGAGUAACCAAGAGACCUACAUGUUGUGUUCUGGUGUUAACCAAGCCGCAGAAGGGAGAACUAGCACAGGAGGAACAGGAAAAACUAAAGGAUGAUUUGUCGCAAGUUGCAGCUGAAGUGAAAGAAGUUACAGCCUCCCUUUUCUGAUCAGCACUAUCAAUUUUAUUGUACUUAUUAGCCAACUUUUUUCAACUUGGUAUCGGCUGAUGUAACAUGUAGUGGUUAAUGUGGUUUUCGUUGCAGUUGAAUUAUUUUCAAAACC